CUGACGGUAGUGUUACUGCUCUCCACCCGGUACCUACUGCUGCAGCACUAACAGCACUGAGUGAGGUGUCCAGGAGAGAGACGGUAAAAGUCUAAACUAAGAACGAGCAAAUGGAGAAGAAGACGCGUACAUUCUGGAUAGUAGGUUUGUUCCUGCUCGUUUCAGAGACUUCUAACAGUUUAGUGGAAGGUUUGGAAUCAACACGGAUCUAUGACUACACCAAAUAUCACCCCAUGGAUGAGAUAUACAGGUGGAUGGAAGAUGUGGAGCGAGGGAACCCAAAGUUGGUCUCCUCUGCUAUCUACGGAUACACUUAUGAAGAAAGAAAUAUCACACUGCUGAAGUUGGGCCUACAAACCCCAGAGAGCAGAGAGAAAAAAGUUAUUUGGAUGGACUGUGGUAUCCACGCUCGGGAGUGGAUCGCUCCUGCCUUCUGCCAGUGGUUUGUCAAAGAGAUUGUCAACUCAUAUAAAACCAAUAAGAAGCUGGAGCAGAUUCUGCAGAACGUUGACAUCUAUGUUACUCCUGUGAUCAAUGUGGAUGGAUACAUAUUCACUUGGGCCAAUGACAGUACUCGUCUGUGGAGAAAGUCUCGUUCAACCCCUCCUCCAGACAGUAGCUGUUAUGGAGUUGACCUCAACAGGAACUUUAAUGCCAACUGGGGAACAGUCGGGGUAUCAUUUGACAGUUGCUCAAAUACCUACUGUGGGAAAUCAGCCGGGUCAGAGCCAGAGGCUAAAGCUGUUAUGGACUUUGUUGGUAAGCUGGUUAACCGAACUCUGUGUUUCCUCACCAUCCACUCUGCUGGGCAACUUAUACUCUUGCCAUAUGGCCACCCUGAGAUCUCUGCACCCAACUACAAUGAACUGGUUUCAGUUGGUAAGGCAGCAGCGGCAGAAAUGAAGAAGGUACAUGGGAUGGACUACACUGUAGGAACAUCUCCACAAAUCCUAUAUCCAAACUCAGGCUCAAGUCGUGACUGGGCUCGUCUCAUUGGCAUCCCAUUCUCUUAUACCUUUGAGCUGAGAGACAAAGGUGAAUUCAGCCAUUUGCUACCAGAGGAGCAGAUUCAGCCAGCCUGUGAGGAGGCCUUCGCAGGAGCUCUCUCCAUCAUCACAUAUGUUCACGACAAGACCUUUGGUACCCUCCCUAAUGCUGCUGUCACCACAGUGACAACCACAAUUUCUGGGGUUGCUUUGACAAUUUGGAGCACUGUCAUGGUUGUGUCUCUCACCACAGGGGUCUUGAUGUAGGACAGUGAAAACAUACAAGGUCUGACCACAAAUUCGUAGGCAACACUGGCUAACCUCUCCACAGCUAGAUGUGAUAACUGUGCUUUCAAAAUAAAUAUUGCAUUUAUGCA